CCGCGCAAAGGAGCGCGAGACACGCGAUCGAAACUCUUGUUUUUUUUUUUUUUUUUUCUUUUUUUCUUUUACCCUGCCUUUCUCACAGUUUACCAUUUUUUCACCGCAAAACAGGAACGACGCGUUAAACUGGCCGCUGGAUGGAAACCCGGCGCACCCGCUGAACACAACGAGAGCCGCUCCGGUGAGACUCAUCAUCAUCAUCAUCAUCAUCAUCAUCCCCGCUCCGAGAUCAUCGCUCAUCGCCGGCAUCUGAGCGCUGAACUCUGCUCUUAAUCUGCCUGGACGAUCAUCUCUGUCCCUCGUCUUUCGUUUUCAUCUCGGCUGCUCUGUGCUCGUCUAGGAGAUCGUCUCCCGUCAUCAUCUAGUUCAGCGUGGUACGUCUCGUCCAUCAUGGCAGUUGAUCAUCUUCAGUCGGCAUGGGGUGCGUCUAACAGCCGGUCUCCUCAGGUCUUCUUAUGGAGAGACAAUGCUCAACAAGAAAAAAAAGUUAGUAUUUUGUGACUUAAGCCAGUAAAUUUAAUAGCUUGGUGCAGGGGCAUUAUACUUGGUGCCAUAAUCAAGUAUGUAAAUGUUCAGCGGGUGGUUUUUUUUAGAGCAAAUGUUUUGAAUUCCUUGCCUGUUGGAAGUAUAAAUAAUACAUUUGGAUUUGUGCGGGCAGGAGAGAGUAACACUGCACGAGCAGAUGUGUCUUGGUAGUGCUAACAGUGAAUGUUGUUCCAGGAUGUGAUUGGAGAGGCAUGAGCGGAAAUUGAUAAGUUACACUAUGCCUGUCCUUUGACCUCCUGGAUGUGAAGACUGUUGGUGUCGGUCAAACCCCGGCGCGUCCGCGGGGCUGUGCAGGAGACGCCCAGUGUCUGCAGAUGCAGUGGGUGGGUCCAGAAUCGAACGAAGAUUGAACCCACGUCCCUCCGCACCAACCAGGUCCAGGGUCCUGAACGUCUGCGAUGUGCUACAGCAGCCAGCCCCCGCCAAACCCCUCCCCUGUGGAGGUUGGCAGCACCAGGUGCUCCAGAUACUGCCUAUGCAUGCUGGGCACUGGACUCGUGACCCUGGGUGUGAUCGUCAUGGUAUCGUUAGAGCAACAAACCUGGGACAGCAGCAGGUUGAGCUUGUACCAGCAGUUCGAAACCCACAGUAAGCUGACCCCGGUGGCCUUCAUCCUGAUGUUCGCCGGCACGGCCAUGCUCAUGAUCUCCGUGUGCCUGUGGCUGCAAAACAAGCAGAGGCAGGAGCGCAACUCCCCCAUGCAGGACUGCACCAGCACCACGGAGCAGAGGGGGCCCACGGAGCAGAGGGGCACCACAGAGGUGGCAGGUCAGGUUCCCAGGUAUGGCGUGCCGAGCUACGAGGAGGUGAUGACCAGUGGACAGUACCCCAUCCAGCAGAGCAACCUGCGCAGCAGCGGCUCCCAGCUUCCGUCUUACGAUGACCUUGUGGAGUCCGGGGCAGUCACAGAGCCACCGGCGGCCAUCAGGAGCGAGACCUUCAUCCCUAGCUCCAGCUUGGCCUCCCCUGAGUCCACGUUCCUUGUCCAUCCCAAAUACCAGGACAACCACACCACCUGCAAGCUGCUGCCUUUGAGGGAGCAGCGGAUCCACUCCAAGACGCUGAACCUGGAUGAGCACCCAGCUUUGGCUGAUCCGUUGAUCCUGGAGCCACUGACCCCCCCACCCCAGUAUGAGGAGAGCCCCCCCGAGUUCUGAGAGGCAGAGCAUUGGACAGAGACCCGGACCAAAGUGUCAAGGCUAAGAGGCUUUGGAAGGAAAGUUGGACACAGUGAGCUGCAUGCUGAUGUCCUGCACGUCAGUGGACACCCAGAGCCCCAUCUUCAGCGGCACACACCCCCCCCGGUACAAUGUUAAUUUAUUUAAUUUCAAGAGCUUCGAAACAGGAAAGGGGGGCAGAAACAGGAUGGAUCAGUUUUAAAGGCACAGAACUGACGAACCAUCACGUAGUGAUAAACGCCGUGUUAAAGUGCCAUGGUGGCUGUGGGGGGGGAAAAAAAGUGUUUGCAGAAAAAAGGUGUUUGUUUUGUGACGGGGGAGAAAACAAAAUAAGCAUUUGCACUUUUCGUUACAUUGAUACAGAUUUCAGGCCACCAGGUGGGACUUUAAUGGAGCUGCUGGUUGGAUUCAGAAGGAUUUUUGGAUGAGGAUUUUGUGUGUUUGCCCAGUUACUCCUUUCGCUUCCACUGUGGACUGGUGGCAGUCGGUGAGUACGUCCGCAUGGUACAUUGCGACAGUUCCUUGGACUUUUGGUCACCGUGACCUCGUCCGGCCAAAACUGGGACCACCCAGGAGACCUUUAACCGCACCAGGGUUGCCUCUGCCACGCUGUCACAUUCUGCCGGUGACCGAACUCAUAAUGACAAACCAACCAAGUGCUAUGUGAUGAUCCACAUUUCAGUUCUGGCGUCCAGGUGGUGUCGAGAUAGCAACGCUUUUCAGCCAGCUUGCUGUGUAAGUUGGUAAAUUGAAUUGGAAAAUGUCAUAGUUUUUUUUUUUUUUUUUUUUUUUUUUUUUUUUCUUCCUGCUUUGUUUUCCAGCUGUUCAUAAGAAAUAACCAGUAUGUGCCUUGAGGUCCUCUAUAAAUAUUUGUGCCAUCACCCAAGUGGGGGAACUGCACGGUGCCACCAGUUUAGGCUGGAAAAUAGUGCGACCAAUAAAAUAUGGUGUUUGAUUUAUAAUAUAAUACAAUAAUGUUCUCAUGGUAUUUGACAAAUACAUCUCUGCAGUAACUUUUUUUUUUUGUUGUUGUUGUUGAAAAAGCUCUUAUUGUAUCACCUAUGAAGCUGUGUAGCAAUCAUAGGCCUGUGCCAUAUGCCUCUCAUCCUUAAUGUCUGCGACCACAUGCUAGCUUUUCCCUUUGUUUUUGAUUGAAGAAGGAAGGAAAGUGAGUGGACAAAGCUGGACGAUCGAGAGGUCAGUAACACUCCAAAACUGAUCUCGAGGGGAACACCGGCCCCUAGGGCACCAACUUCUGCAGCCUGCCCUUUGAGGGCCUGACUGGAAUGGCCCAUUUGCUACUUACGUAUAUUCACUGUUUACACUUGGCUUCCAGACCCUGAUGUUCCAGCGGGAGGAAUUUCCGGAUUUUUUUUUUUUUUUUUUUUUUUUUUAUUUUAUUUUUAUUUAAAUGCCUGCUUUCUGGAUUUGCUUUUAAAAAAAGCAUUUUGGAGGGAAAGCCAGCACACAGUGGGACUGCACUUGAAACCUUCUUUGAAUUGAGCCGAGCUUUCGAGAAUAUCAUCGCUGUUAAGAGAAAAAGAAAAUGUUAUGGUUUGAGAGGUUUAUUAAAACAUGUAGCUGCAUAAACCCCAAAUCUGUAUGUCAGGUGUACUACUGUGCACUUCUGCUUUAUACUUACCACCUUCAAAAGGACCUCUGCCUUUAUGAUUUUUGUCCUUGCUGGGUGUCGGCUGAAGCUGUUGUAUACAGAGCUAAAUCCCAAAAAUACUGAGUCAUUUUUUUUAAGGUUUGUAAUCUAACAAAUUUUACAAAGUGAUUUGAUAUAAAAGCAAAAUAUGAAAUGCUAGUUAUUCAGUUAGGUGUAUUUAAUUUUCUGUUUGACAGCCUUAGCUCCUUUACAACUUGUAUUUAAAGGAAGAGAACAUUCCUGUGUAAAACUGCCAGUGGAUGUGGGCUGCUGUCAAUUUCACAGUGCAUUGUGACCAUAACCACUGGCAGGUGAAUCCUAACGAUCUUUUUAAAGAGCAGUUUUUGUGUCAGUUUUGUAGACUGUAAACAUUUGAGGUAAAUAUUUUUUUCUAGUGUACAUGACAUUUGGAAUGUAUUUUGGCAUGUUUGGAGGACAAAA